GUGUGUGUGCGUGCGCGCGCGCGCUUGAAAGUGUGUGAGUGAGUGAGAGAGAGAGAGAGAGAGAGAGAGAGAGAGAAAGAAAGAAAGAAAGGUGGGGGGAGAUCUGUGCCCAUCUUACCGGGACGGGACCAUACGAGAAUACCGGGUGGAUUCCACAGGUGUGGCUUCAGCUUGGUUGGAUAAAACCCUGCACACAGGCUUGAUGCCACAUUGAUGUGGGAUUGGUAUGGUAGUAUGUGUGGCAGUGGCAUUGGACAGCGUCACUGCUGGGUUGAGACCUAGUCUGCCAACCAAAUAUAUCCAGCCACCAGCAGUGCUGUGGUCUGAAAGUGUCACUGAUAAAAGGCUGGUGGACAUUGGUCUAAGCAUGGACCAACAAGGUGUGCUGAUUUCUUUCUGAAGACUUCUCGAAGUCUUUGUUUCCGGAGAUCUAGGAAAGAUGACUGUUGCUAAUGCCAAGUCCGGUACAGCUAUGCAGAAAGUUUUGGAUAACCUCAGGGAGCUGCCUCCGUCCACCGACACCAAAGACAUUGACCUCAUCUUCCUCCGUGGAAUCAUGGAGAGUCCCAUAGUCCGCUCUCUAGCUAAGGCUCAUGAGAGACUAGAGGAUGUGAAGCUUGAGGCAGUGCGGAACAACAAUGUGGAGCUGGUAAGCGAGAUUCUGUCUGACAUCAGUUGCCUGGCCGUGCAAAAUGACAGUGCAGCAGAGCUCUCCAAGAUCCUCAAGGAACCACACUUCCAGUCCUUAAUAGAAACUCACGAUCAGGUGGCUGCUAAAUCUUUUGAAACCCUUCCGUCUGUGACAAACAACACUACCAUGAGCAGCACUUCUCUUAUGCCAGUGGACACUGUACGUAUGAUCAGUAUCCAGAAGAAGGCAGGAGAGCCACUGGGUGUGACAUUCCGAGUAGAGAAUGGUGAGCUUGUGAUCGCACGCAUUCUUCAUGGCAGCAUGAUUGACAAGCAGGGCAUGCUGCAUGUGGGCGACGUCAUCCGGGAGCUGAACGGGCAGGAAGUGGGAGGUGAUCCUACAGCAUUGCAGGAGAUGUUGAAAGACAUCAACGGAAGUGUCACCCUCAAAAUCUUGCCCAGCUACAGAGAUACACCCACACCUGCACAGGUGUAUUUGCGACCUCAUUUCAAGUACAACCCUGAAACGGACAACCUCAUUCCCUGUAAAGAAGCAGGGCUGGUUUUUUCCAAAGGGGAAAUCUUGCACAUUGUGAACCGGGAGGACCCCAACUGGUGGCAGGCACGCAGUGUAGUUGGAGGCCGAACUGGACUCAUCCCAAGCCAGUACUUGGAAGAGAAGAGGAAAGCAUUUGUACGGAGAGAUUUGGAAGGCUCGGGAAUUCUUUGUGGAACAAUAACUGGAAAAAGGAAGAAAAAGAAAAUGAUGUACUUAACUGCAAAGAAUGCAGAAUUUGAUCGUCAUGAGCUGCAGAUCUAUGAAGAGGUAGCUAGGAUGCCUCCAUUCCAGAGGAAGACACUCAUCCUGAUAGGUGCUCAGGGUGUGGGCCGUAGAAGCCUGAAGAACAGGCUGAUUGUGUUAAACCCACUGCUCUUUGGCACCACCGUACCCUUCACGUCUCGGCGGCCACGCGAAGAAGAGAAAGAUGGACAGUCUUACUGCUUUGUGUCCAGAGCAGACAUGGAGAUGGACAUUAAAGCAGGCCGUUACCUCGAGCACGGGGAAUAUGAUGGGAAUAUGUAUGGCACGAAAAUCGACUCGAUCCACGAGGUGGUGAAUGCCGGGCGUACCUGCAUACUGGACGUCAAUCCUCAGGCACUGAAGGUGUUGAGAACAGCAGAGUUCAUGCCGUUUGUUGUUUUCAUCGCUGCUCCUGAGCUGGAAACACUACGAGCCAUGCACAAAGCUGUGGUGGAUGCAGGAAUCACCACCAAACUGCUAACGGAAACAGACUUGAAGAAAACAGUGGAUGAAAGUGCCAGGAUCAAACGUGCAUAUAGCCAUUACUUUGACUUGACAAUAGUGAAUGAUAAUCUGGAUAAGGCCUUUGAGAAACUGCAGGAGGCUGUAGAGCAACUGUGCACAGAGCCUCAGUGGGUACCGGUUAACUGGGUUUACUGAUCCUUCCAUCCUUAUCCUCUUUAGCACUACCACCACCACCACCAUCCUCGACUUAUCUCUGGUGUCAUGGACCACGGCAGGACUGUCUGUGGUCAGUGUUUCUCAACCUGACCCUGAGGUCCAACCCUGCUAUGCAAAGCUUCACUAUCCAUUAGAAAAGAAAGGGAAGUGUACUUAUUUAUUGACUUUUUUUAAUCUACCAGCAAAGCACAUCUUGAGGCAUAACUGUUCCUUGUGUUACUGUACAAACAAUGUACUUACAGGGUGAUGGAAGUAGUUUUGUUCAGCAGUGAGAAGCUGAAGAAGACGUCAUUGCUGUGAGCUGCGAUACACUUUUGCAGUGGAGUGUUUCAGCUGCCAACUCAGCUUUUUGAUCUCUUUAAUGCUAGUUUUCUACAUUUUAGUAAAUGUUACUCAGCAGUUUUCAUGGUACUGCUACACUGAAACUCAUUACAUUACUGAAAUAUCGUUAUACUAUGUUGACUUUUAUUGAUGGAGUAAUAAGGAGAAAAGAGAAGCAGAAAAUAUUUUACCAAAUUGUUUUUUUAUACAAGAUAUAACACCUCUUUAGAUUUUGCUGCAAAUGUCAGCAAAUGUAGUAGAAAAUCAGCUCAACACUGUGGAGUGUUUAUUCAUGUGUUUUCGUGUUGGAUCAUUGUCAAAAGUUUGUCUAUACUAAAAAAAAAAAAAAAAAAAAGCACAGUGUUCAUCUCAAUGCCUUUGUGGCACCAUGCAAAAUUAACACUAGUAUCAAAUGUUCCUAGUAAAUAUGGAUUUUGGGACACAGUAGUCUUGGUUUAUCAACACAAUUUUUUUCCCUCUCUCGUCUAUAAACACUAUCACUUGCCCAUAUAUUUGCCUACUAUAUUUUAAAUCUAUGCCUUUUGUGUCCUUAUCACAACAGUAAUAAUUUCUCUUCCUAGAUCUCUUCUCAAUUGAAAAAAUGUGCUUUUCACUUCACUGUAAACACUGCAUAGUAAGAUUGUCUGUGAUUUACAGCUGUUCUAUUUUUGAUGGUUGCUUUAAUCCAGCAGCCCAACAAGCACAGAAAUUAAGAAAUUUAAUUGCCCUGACAAACCUAAAGAAAAAUACAUUAGUGUUGUGGCUGUACAAGGUCUAAGAGCACGACUUGUUUCAUGAUAAAAAGUACAAAUGGAACAGUUAAUUUUAUUUGUCUGUUUCUGCUCAGUUUAUGGCACAAUAUGACCAAGUAAAGUCUUUAAACUAACAAAGACAGUUUACUACACAGCAGAUAAUUAUUGCUUGUACCCAUUCUGUAGUUUUGAAAUGAAUGCAUUUCUUUAGAAUGGUGUAACUCAAUUAUUUAAAUUGAUAUAAUAGGAUAUGAUUUACAUUUUUAUCAACACAUUUCUGAAACUUUGCUUUGUUCGUUCACAUGAAGUUUUGUUGUCUAAACCCCUGCUGUCUAAUUGAUGUAUAAUCAAUAAUGCGUGCUUCUCAAACUGAGAUGCUGAAGGACUGCAGCACUGCACACUGUUUAAUGGUUUCUUGUUAAUUGUAAGGUGAUGAAAUCAAGAACCUGAGCACUGUUGCAGUUCAAGAUGAAUGGUGAGAAUAUUGCAUUGCGCAGUGUCUCCCUUGUCUGUGCUAGUUCAUUUGUGUAUCUGCACCUGCAGAUAUAUUUUACUAUGACCAGACCUGUAUUUUAAAGUUUGAAAAACAUCCAUUAAAAUUAUUUUCAGAGAA